AGGGGGCGUGAGGAGCGUGUAGCUCGGAGCCCUAGAAGAGCGGAGAAACCCCAUAUAAAAACUACUGGGGACAUUUCCCAGGCAGAACUGCUAAAGCUCUGGAGACAGCAGCACCCGCGGCGGCCGGGCACAAGCGCUCCGCGCAGCGAGCACAAAGUCAAGCACCCGGACAUCUCGCCAGAGGGACGGAGCAGCCAGUGCUCAGGCUCCCGAGAGGAGACGGCUCCGGACCAUGGCUGACGAUGAAAGCGCCCCCAGCUGCAGCGGCAGUGGGACUUGCCCGGGCAGUUGCGGCGAGAACCCUCAUUGCAACGUGCUGAGCUGGGAGCAAGUGCGGCGCUUGGAUCGCAUCCUCAGCGAGACCAUCCCCAUCCACGGCCGGGGCAACUUCCCCACGCUGGAGAUGCAGCCCCGGCAGAUCGUGAAGGUGGUGCGGAGCCGCCUGGAGGAGAAGUGCAUUGCCCCCAGCCACAUCCUGCACCAAGACAGUGGCCUGGGCUACAAGGACUUGGACCUCAUCUUCUGCGCAGACCUCAAAGGGGAAGCCGAGUUUCAGACUGUGAAAGACGUGGUCUUGGACUGCCUUUUGGAUUUCUUACCGGACGGAGUUAAUAAGGAGAAGAUCACACCGCUUACCCUCAAGGAGGCUUAUGUACAGAAAAUGGUAAAAGUAUGCAAUGAUUCAGACCGAUGGAGUCUCAUCUCCUUGUCCAACAACAGUGGCAAAAACGUGGAGCUGAAGUUUGUGGACUCCCUGAGGAGGCAAUUUGAGUUCAGUGUAGACUCUUUUCAAAUCAAAUUAGACUCCCUUCUGCUUUUUUAUGAAUGCUCAGAGAAUCCCAUGACUGAAACUUUUCACCCUACCAUCAUGGGUGAAAGUGUCUAUGGGGAUUUCCAAGAAGCCUUUGAUCACCUCUGCAACAAGAUAAUUGCCACGAGAAACCCAGAAGAAAUCAGAGGAGGUGGCCUUCUUAAGUACUGCAACCUUUUGGUAAGGGGCUUUAGGGCUGCCUCAGAAUCUGAGAUUAAGUCCCUUCAGAGAUACAUGUGUUCCAGGUUUUUCAUUGACUUCUCAGAUAUUGGAGAACAGCAAAGAAAAUUGGAGUCUUACUUGCAGAACCACUUUGUGGGACUAGAAGACCGCAAGUAUGACUAUCUCAUGACCCUUCAUGGUGUGGUGAAUGAGAGCACAGUGUGCUUGAUGGGACAUGAGAGGAGACAGACUCUAAAUCUUAUCACCAUGCUGGCCAUCCGUGUCCUUGCUGAGCAAAAUAUCAUCCCCAAUGUGGCCAAUGUCACCUGCUAUUACCAGCCAGCUCCAUAUGUAGCUGAUGCCAACUUUAGCAAUUACUACAUUGCCCAGGUUCAGCCGGUAUUUACCUGCCAGCAGCACACAUACUCAACUUGGUUGCCCUGCAAUUAAGGACCAUUUUAAGACAUCUGAUGGGGAGAACUUUUUCUAACAAACAGAAAGGAGUGAUACGCUCCUUAAAAUGGGGUGCUUUGUGCAAUGAUGAUCUGCUCUAGCUUUCAAGUUUGGUAAAGCUUGUGGUUCUUCUUAUAAAUUAUGUGAGUAUGAUCUAGAAAAGAAGCAGAAAUAAUUGGAUUCUACCCCAGAGCACAAGAGGCCUGUCAUUAAAAGCAAAUAGCUUCCCCUGAAAUAAACAAGGGAGGAAUGCUUGAUGACAAUAUGGGUUGGCAAUACCUGCUUCCCAUAGCUUUGGCAUAGAGAAGGUUGGAAAGCCUUUCUUAGAAUGGGAUAUGCAAAAGGGAGAAUAUGAAAAACAAACAAACAAAAACAAAGCAAUUUGCUUGCGUAUAUUCAGGAGUUAAAAGUAGAGGCAUAGAGCAGAGAUAAGUUGAAAUAAAAUGUAUAUUGGAAUUACUGCAUUUGGGGCUUGCAACAAGUGCUGUCUAUGGAAUGAUUGUAUAGAAUGUAUAGCUUGCUUGAAUAGAACGCUUUAACAGAAACAGCUUGCUCCAGAUGAACAGUAGGAGAUUGGUGCAGUUAUCAUAAAACCAGAAAACAUAUGAUGAUGAAGUCCAUAAUUUCCAGUUGCAUGCGUGCUUCACAUUUUAAAAAAUGUGGAAAUGCAAGAAGAACAGCUGCAGCAAACAAAACAUGCUCAAGGACCAAAGAUUUCACAAAUAAGUUAUUAAAGCAAAGAAGAUAUGGUAGAAUAUAAAAAGAUGUUACUAUAUUUGUAUACACCAAUGUUAAUCAAAAGUGCCUGAUGCCUUCAGAAAAUUUGAAGUGAGAAAAAUAUAGUUUUGUGGGUUUUACCAUGCAUUUUGUUUUUAUCAGGGACACAGGAAGACAAACAAAACAAAAAGAAAAUCCCAAGCUUGUGAAUCAGUGGUUGAGAAAAUGCCCUAUUUUUCCUUGGCAAAUGCUUGUAUAAAAUUAAUAUUGUCAGUGUGAUGUUAGGUACGUGUGUGUAUGUGUGUAUAUAUAUGUUUGUGUGCAUAAAUAUAUAUGUAUACGUGUAUGUAUAUAUAUAUAUAUAUACACACAUACAAUGUAUAUAUUAAAUGUGGUCUAGGAAAAUGUAGCACUUAAGGAAUGUUUAAAUAAAGUACUGUGUGUUUUCCAGUUUGCAACAGGAUGUCAUAGGACAGUGGGCACUUUGCAGUGAAUUUGUAACCCACACCUGAAAAUUUGCAGUAAAUGAACCAGUCAGGAUUAAGGUGGGAUUCAAAUAAUGUCUUUGGUUGCAAGAACAAAGAUUACAGUAAUUCAGUGAGUUGCUUGUGAGCCAUAAUAAUUCCACAAAUGGAUAAACAUUUGAUUAGCUGAUUCUUUUAACACAUUUUGUACUGUAAUACCAUUUUGACAUUUAACCCACUAAUUUUGUGACUGCAUACCUCCAUGAUGUAUAAUUCAGUGGAACGUGGAUCAAAGAUAGGCUAUUUAAAACCCCUGACAGCUAAAGAAUAUUGUAUUAGUUGGUCAUUUGAACACUAAUUGUUAAUAUUUAAUGGAAUAUUUUAAUAGAAUGCAUUAUGCAUUCCAGGACCACUAGAAUUUAGUAAAUGUGAAAUGAACCCUUUUUAAAAGUGUUGCACGGUUGCUUAAAAUUAUAUUUUAUAUAUAUAUAUUAUAUUAUAUUUUUAUGCAAAUAUUAAACAUCUUUGAUCUGGUUGUCACACUGCAUUUACAAUUUUAGUACUGUACUUUAUUUAAAUGGAAUCACUUUACAUUGGAACUAUAACUAUUCACUUUCAUUUCUUCACCCAAGAGACAAGUAGGGGAGACUGAUGGAUGUGGGGGGAGAGUGAAGAAAUAAACCAUUUUGCAGUUUUUCACUUCAGUGACACAUCUUGGGGGAGAGCCGGGUGGGUGGAUGAGUAAUUCUUCUUCUUACAGUUGUUGACUUUGAAAUCCCAGUGCAUUAUUUUCUGCAUUGUUUAAGUUUCAGGUAAAAGAAAAUUAUGUUUAUGUUUAAAAAUGUAUUUGGAAAAGAAACGUAUCUUGGCAGUGUCUUCUCCCCUUGACAUUACAGAGCUACUAAGACAAGUUUAUUUUUGCCACCCUUUGCACUUUUAUCUUUGAAAGCAAGUUUAACAGGAACAUAGUUUGCUUACUGAAGCACCUUUCCUGUGAGUUCUUCAGGAUAUGUAAAAGCUAUUUCAUUGCCACUCGUGUUUACUUGGGAGUCCUUGUGCCUACCUUCUCUUUCCUUCCUUCCUUCCCUCCAUUCCACAUUGGCUGCAGUCUGCUUUUUUUCCCCCUCUCCUUCGUCAGAGGAAGGCCUUUCUUGAUUAAUUAUGCAAAGGAAAUGUUUGUUUCCCAUGGCCUAUUGCUUCAAGCUGUAGAUCAAGACUGAGAUGUAGUUGUCAGAAUCAGAGUACUGCCUGUAGCUGUUUGAAGGGUUUUCUAACGGAAGCUAAGAGGGGGGCUGGGGAAAUAGGAUCAGCUGGUAAUGUGGUAUGUCCUCGCUUACCACAACUAUUUGCUGCAAAUAAAUGAGUCAUCCAUGAUUUUAAAAGGGUUUUGGGAUCUAUUGCUGUGCCACAACCACAAAAAGCUGAUAAUACAUGAGACAAUGUACUUUUCCUUUGGAGGGCAGCCUUUUUCCAUUGCUGCUAAAUGUUUUUUGAUUUGUUUCCCCUUUCAGCUCAAAUGUUAUUGCUUUUUAUGAUUGACAGUAGCUAUUCAUCUUGUAGUUAUGCAACAGGCCUCAGCCUACUGUAUCUUUCAGUACAUAUAUAAUAUGUUUUUGAAUAUAUUAUAUGAGUAUUAUAGACCUAUUUUGCAUAUGUAAAUGAACAAGUGGUAGAACUGGUAGGAUUUUGUUUUUACUGUGGCUGGUAGUUUAAAAGUUGUCUGGAGUUAGUGAUGGGAAUGAGCCAUGAGUUCAGGUCAAGAGUAAAAUAAGAACAUCUUUUCAAAGCUGAUUGCUUGUGUGAUUUGCACACCUUUCAUUUCAUAAAGUCUAUUUUUUCUCUCUCUUUCUUUCUCUCACUUCUGUAUACUAGCACUUUUACAAGAAAAAACAAACGCUUGGUAUUCUGUAGGCUUCACUUUCUCAUCCAAUCAAUAUUUCAGCUCAGAACUUGCUGAAGAAAAAGUAUCCCUUUAAAAUGCUGAACUGAUUAAAAAGGUUGACCUCAUUACAGUCAAAUUGUUGUGUGACAGUUGGAUUUAUUGGUAAUCAACAGGGAGCUAAACUUUUUUUUAAUAUAAAUAUAAUGAAACAUCUGAGAGUUUUUAAAUCAGAUUAUUUUCUAAUAUGUUGAAAAUCCCCCAAAUGCAAGAACUUUAUUUUAAAAAUAGAAGGGGAAGUAAAAACACUAAUGAAAUCAUAUAAUAUAUUUCCAUACUCCCUUUUAUGUACUUAAAAACAAUUUGUUGCUUAUGUUACACAAAAACCUUCAAGCCACACUUAUAAGCACAUCUUGUUAAAUGCUCUGCAUAUGAAACAUAUUAUGUUGGAUGCUCAUGCUAGUUCAGAAGAAGCUUUUUGUUGCUGUUGUUGUUUCAUUGAGAAAAUGAAAUGUAGAGGGUAAAACUGCAGCUAUAAGAAAAGGAAAGAAAACAUAAUGACACAUUCAGCAUUUAUUUGAAUAUACUCUUUUGUGUGGUUUUCUUUUAGCAGACAAUUUCCACUGCAAGAAAGAAAAUCCAUGUACUAUCUUGCUGUUGUAAUAAUGGCUUGCUAACUAAGUAAAUAUCAAAAAGGCCUGCACAUUUCAAUUCAGCUUGGCUGAAGCACUGCAAACUCUUGCAGUCUGUAGGAGGCUGUGCACAUUUGAUCUCCCUCAGAAUUCCAUACAAGUGUUGCCUUCUGUGAGGCAUCCCGUUGCAGCAAAUUGCUCCUUGGAUUGCUCUUGUGGAACAUUUUGACUAUAGGCUCUGUCACAGACAGAAAAAGAGCUGAUGGAAAACAGACUCUAAGAGCUGAAGUGUUUGCAUCAGUGCUAGAGGGAACAGAUUGUGAAUUUUGUUUACAGCAUCCAAUAUUUGGAUUUUUUUUGUAAAUAAAAAGAAGUUAUUUUUUUCUAUU